CCCGUGAUGGCCACGCUCGCAAUCUUCGCCCAGUCUUGCAUGCCACGUUGAACGCAAGGCUGUGACCCGGGUCCACGGUUGACAUGCCAAACACCUACAACGGAGGCUUGACUCAACAGCACUGCCGGGAACAUUCGCUACUAUGUGCCGGACUGCUGAAUAUCAUACACCGAGUCGUAUGGGGUAGGCCGUGCCUCGAAGCUCACCAGCACACCACGCACAUACCAUCACACUCAGCGACACGCAGGCGGGAGUCCGCAGUGUAAGUAAGGAUGGGUACAAAGCAGUGAACAGAGGAC